AUGGUGUCGCGCAAGAAGUUCACGAAGCUGCUUGUGGAACCGGAGACAUUCUUAACGUUGAAAAUAAAAUAUUCUGGAGACGUGGCCAAGGUGGAGAAGAAAGGCACGUUGGAAUACCGAAGCAUGCAUUCAGCGUACCACAUCACAGCCUCUAUGGACUGGGAACAUUCUGGGUCUGUUGAUAACUUAAAGGUUGCAUUCCCCACGCAUUCAUUGCACAGGCGUAAGGGAAGAGAGGAGGGUUAUCAGGUUUUGGUAGGUGCUGGUCGAAGAUGUCAUGAAUGCACUGCAGUUUUGGUGCUCAAAAAAAACCUUGUCCUCUCUCUGUGCUUUAGUGGUUGGGAAGCUGAAGAAGGUAAUCACAAAGAUACAAAGAAAGAUAAGAAAGAUGAGGUUAUUGGAAGGCAUGGUUCUGUUCAUGUGCAACGAUGGAUGGCAUGGUUUGAUCUUCAGUGUCCAGAUUUUCUUCUUUGUCGCAAUGGAAACUUAAAAACUCUGAGGGAUUGGGCUUAUGAUCGUGCUGCGAUCAAGUUCCGCGGGGUUGAUGCGGACAUCAAUUUUAACGUUAGUGACUACUAUGAAGAUAUAAAGCAAGUUAUGAGUAAUUUCAUGAAGGACGAGUUUGUGCAUAUUCUGCGUCGACAAAGCACUGGUUUUUCAAGGGGAAGCUCCAAAUACAGGGGAGUUACUCUGCAUAAUAUUGUUGUUUCUGCUGCUGAAUUCGAGGGUACAAGUUCUUUUGUGAAGGAUACCCUAUAUAACUUAAAGGAGAAACUCGAAGCAUGGACAUCGUUACUGAGAAACUCUUCUCAUGUCGACGUUGAGGCACAUCCUAGGCAGCUGCAUAAUUGGGUUGGGGGUCCUCCUAAUCUCUAUGAUAUAAGUGGAAGUGCACACUUCAUAAAUAAGUGUGACAAUGGAAUUGUUAUUCACCGAAAUCGGGAUCCUGAAGCUGGGCCUAUGGACCAAGUACAGGUAUGUGUUCGAAAGAGUUUCAUUAUACUGGAGUACAUGAUCGGGGAUUAUGAUGAAACUUAUCGUAAUCUCUUCACUCUUAGUGUGAAUAUAAUGGAUAGAGUUGGCUCUCUUGCAAAAGAUUUUAUCCUCAUAAACCCUUCAGACUGUGCUACUCCAGUGAAGCACUCUAAACUAGAAAAGUUGAGGCAAGAUGACAAGUGGGAAAAUGAUUUCUUUAGCGAUGGUGAACCACUGAUCACUAAUCGCAAAGUUAGAGCUCAAGAUCUACACCUCAAGCUUCAAAGGAAAGGUCUUCAAUCUGCAUCUCGGAGCGGAAAGAGUUAUGCUCCAAACAUGCGUGUUCUCAGUGAAAGGCUAACGGGAACAAUGACGAGUACAACCUACAAAUGUCGAUCCGCCAAAAUCAAAAGUUGUUAA